AUGCCUCCAGACCCGGAUUCACCUGACUUUUGGGGCCGAAUUGUAUUGAGCGUCAAGAUGACCAAGAAGUUCAGGCUCAGCGCCAUCUUCAAUGGCACCAGCUCCAGCUCGCCUGCUGGGGAUGAGGAGACCAAGAAGCAAAACCGCCGGUCUUUCUCGCUGGCCACUUCUCUCAAGAACCUGAGGGAGGGGAAGACCAAGUCAGAGUCUAGUUCCAACAGCAGCGACAGUACGGCCGAGGGCCAGUCAACGUCCCGCAUGGCCGCUCUGGCCCAGCAGAUCGCCCGGGAUACUGAGAAGCUCGAGGCAUAUAUGCGCGAGAACGACCUUCCCAUCCCUACCAGUGACGUCGACUCGCCGUCUCAGUACCCUAAGCUCCCGGAAGAUAUUCAGCGUCUCAAGCAAGAUAUCAUUGCUGCCACCAGGGAGCUCAACCGGCUGGCCCAUGGGCCCCAGGAGUAUCUGAGAUGGGGAGUCUGGGCGUUCCUUGAUGUCCUUGCUCUUACCAUUAUCAACCACUUCGGUAUUGCUAAACUUUGGCCUCCCAAUGAAACUAUCACGCUCGCCGAGCUGCAGACCAAAACUACUCUUGACCCCAUCAACUUGGCACGCGUUCUCCGCGCUGCCAUGACCAAUGGUAUCUUCCGCGAGCCGGAGCCGGGCGUGAUCGCACACACCGCGGCAUCCCGGGCCCUUGCUGAAGAUGACAACCUGCAGGCCUGGAUCGGCUUUAACUGCGAAGACAUCUUCCCGGCCUCCGCCCACGUCCUGCAGGCGCUCAAGGCGUUCCCGGAGGCCACGUCGCUCACGCGCGCCGGCUUCCAGUUCGCCUUCGACACUGUCGACCGCGAGCCCAUGUUCGCCACGUUCGGCAAGGACCCGGCGCGUGCGCGCCGCAUGGGCAAGGCCAUGGUCAGCCUGACGGGCGGCGAGGGCUACGAGCCGAGCUACUUUGUUGAUGUUGAGAAGGGCGGCUAUGACUUUAGUGAUCUUGACGCCAGAGGCGGCGUGUUUGUUGAUGUCGGUGGCUCGCACGGCUUCAUAUGUGUUGAACUCGCUCAGCGUUACAAGAACAUGAAGUUCGUGGUGCAGGAUCUGCCGAAGACGAUCGACACUGCGCCCAAGCCCAUCCAUUCUGAUCCUCAGGUUGCUAGCCGCAUUGAGUUGAUGGCUCAUGACUUCUUCACUGAGCAGACGGUCAAGGGCGCCGAUGUGUACUACUUCCGUUGGAUCAUGCACAACUACUCAACUCCCUAUGCGGUGCGCAUCAUCAAGAACCUGGUGCCGGCACUCAAGCCGGGCGCCCGUGUCCUAAUCAAUGACCACUGCUUGCGCGAGCCUGGCGCUGAGAACGCGUGGGACGAGCGUGUCAUGCGCCAUAUGGACCUAGUCAUGCUCACGCUGCUUAACGCCCAGGAGCGUACCGAGGAUGAGUUCCGAGAGCUGUUCCGUGCAGCGGACGAGGGCUUCGUAUUUAAGGGUGUUCGCAGAGCCCCUGGCUGCCGGAUGAGCGUCAUCGAGGCUGUCUGGAAGCCGGAUGAAGUGGAGAAGGAGGAAGAAAAGAAGGACUGA